GGUCACCACAAAGGUAACCCUUGCCACCCCCUGCACCUGAGGCACAAAUCUGCAGAGGCCAGCCGUGGGUGAUCAUCCUUGGUCCUACUUCUGGCCACCCAGGGGGAGGCUGGGGCUGGAGCCCUCCGCAGGAGCCUCUGAGGGAACCAGGACCAGAGACUCGCCUCAUCCACUGAAGAGCAACCCAGUGGAGACGUCCAGCCGUCACCCUGGAGGUCCUCGCACCUAGUUCCUUUCACCCGCCCCAAGGAGAGAUGCAGAAAGACACUUCGGCGCCACCCCCAUCUGCACCCUUGGUGGUCUCAAACCCACCGCAGGGUGUAGGCCGGCAGGCCAGCGCCUCCGGGGCCCCCAGCAAGAACGUGACUGGGCGCCGCGCCAGCCCCAAAACCCGACGGAAGCUCAGCAUAUCCAAGGUGAUCCUGGAGGUGGUGGCGGACAAGGGCAUGCACAACCGCGUGAGUCUAGCCACCCUGAAGAAGGCGGUCACCACCAUGGGCUACGACAUGACCCGGAACACCUGGCGUUUCAAGCGGGUGCUCAAGGGGCUGGUGGACAAGGGCGUCCUCAAGCAGGUGACCGGCAAGGGGGCCUCGGGCUCCUUCCGCAUGGGCAAGAAGUUUGCCUCCAAGUUCAAGCUCAGGGGCCAGAGACGGCGCCGGUCUGGGCAGCGCCGGCCUGGGCAGCGCCAGUUGCUAAUGGGCUCCCAAAGAGGGCACAAGCGGCUACACAAGGAGGGCCGCGGGGUGGCCAGAGGCCGCCGCAAUGAAUGAGGCAGGCGAGGCAAGAAGGCAGGGGUGCCAGGCCCGCCACAGGCUCAGUGCAGUGGAAAUAAAAGGAGCCUAAGUUAUUUCACACCUGCCUCCUGGAAU